UUCGGCAUCGUGUCACCCAGGAGCUCUCAAGACCUCCACCACCUACCUGCGUAGCUCAGCCCCAGCUCAGAGCCCACUACCCACCCAAGGAUGCCUGGAGAAGCAGAGGCUGAGAUCCCAGCCUGCAAGCCGGAGGAACAGGUGUCAGAACCCGCCAAGGAGCCCACCCCAGAACCCAGUGGGGCAGAAGCAGUUCCAGAGAAACAGGCUUCAGAACCCGCCAAGGAGCCCACCCCAGAACCCAGUGGGGCAGAAGCAGUUCCAAAACCCGCAGAAGAGAAAGCCACAGAACUCAGAGAACCAGCUUCAGAAAAGCCUAGCCCAGUACCCCCUGCAGUCUCCAAGCCCCCACCUGCAAGUGAAGAUCUCCCCAGCUGCCCAUUGCUGCUGACUGUGGAGGAUGUGAGUGACAGCUCAGUGACUGUGAGUUGGGAACCUCCAGAAAGCCUGGGACGGCUGGGGAUAAAGGGUUACGUGCUGGAAUAUCAUCUAGAGGGAGCCUCAGAAUGGGUACCUGUGAAUAAUGCACAGCCCAUGAUGGUCACCCAGCAUACCCUGCGAAAUCUGGCUAUAGGAAACAAGCUCUUUGUUCGAGUAUCUGCUGUGAGCCCAGCCGGUGCUGGCCCUGCUGCUGUCUUAGACCAACCUGUCCACAUCAAGGAGUUAAUUGAGGCCCCCAAGAUCCGGGUACCCCGCUACUUGCGCCAGACGUACCUCCGCAAGGUUGGAGAAGUCAUUAACCUCCAGAUCCCUUUCCAAGGUAAACCCAAGCCUCAGGUCACCUGGACCCAUAAUGGCCAUGCCCUGGACACCCAACGUGUGAAUGUGCGGAAUGGGGAGCAAGAUUCCAUCCUCUUCAUCCGCUCAGCUCAGAGAAACGAUUCAGGACACUAUGAGCUCAGCGUUCGACUUGAUGACCUGGAAGCCAAAGCAGAGAUUGACAUCUUGGUGAUCGAGAGACCUGGGCCCCCCAAAAGCAUCAAGUUGUUGGACGUGUGGGGCUUCAAUGCUGCUCUGGAGUGGACACCCCCGGAGGACACUGGCAACACAGAGUUACUGGGCUACACGGUGCAAAAAGCAGAUCGGAAGACAGGGCAAUGGUUCACGGUCUUCGAGCGCUGCCACCGGACAAGCUGUACAGUGUCUGACCUCAUCAUCGGCAAUUCUUACUCCUUCCGGGUCUUCUCAGAAAACCAGUGUGGUCUGAGCGCCACAGCCCCUGUCACUGCUGAGCUUGCCCACAUCCAGAAGGCAGAUACUGUUAGCAAGAAAGAAGGCAUCCAAGAGAGAGACUUCUCGGAAGCCCCCAAGUUUACCCACCCCCUGGCGGACCACACGACCACUCCUGGUUACAGCACGCAGCUGUUCUGCUCCGUUCGAGCCUCCCCCAAGCCCAAGAUCAUCUGGAUGAAAAACAAGAUGGACAUACAGGGUAACCCCAAAUACCGGGCUCUCAGCGAGCAAGGCAUCUGCUCCCUGGAGAUCCGCAAGCCCAGCCCGUUUGACGCAGGUGUGUACACCUGCAAGGCCAUCAACGCCCUGGGCGAGGCAUCCGUGGAUUGUCGGCUGGACGUGAAAGCUUCUGCCACACAUUGAAGAAGACCGGAAGUUUCUCACUAAAAAGAUGCUGCUGGAGCUUCCAUUGGGGCAAGUCAGGAUCUUUGGCCAGAAGACCCUUUAUCUGCAUACCCAAUGGCUGGUAGCUCAGCUCCUUUCUCCUCUCAAAACUGGAGGCAGGAGAGCUGGUCUCAGUGGACCACCAGGGAGAAUGAGCUGGCUAUCCAGAGCUUCAAAGACCAGCUUUGAAAAGCAGGGUCCUUGAAUAAAGACACGUGUAUGGUGUCA